AUGGGUUCUACGACAAGCGCGAAUUUUAUUUCCAUAGAGUCCACCUUUCGAAGAUUACUGUAUGGAAAAGUCCGCAUUUUGGCGUGAACUUUGUGUGUUUACACUUCUGUUGCGUAAAUUUUUCGACAGCGCAUUUUUCAAAACUCCUUCCACGCUUCUUGACAUAUUUCUCCCAUAAAUUGAAAAGGGUGAUUCAUUUUAAGUUUUCUGUCGUUAUAAUCCAUUUCGAUGAAUUUUCAAAUUAGAGAAAAAAACGUGGAGAAAUUGUGGAACUCGGAAACUGCUUUUCGGAAACGGAAAGCGAGUGCUCUGUCAAAUUCCGAAUCUCAAUCAUCAGAUUGAUCUUCAAAAAUUAUCGAAACCUUCUUGAGGAACUGUGAGUGAACUACUGGCCCCCCGACGAGCCGACGACUCCCUGGACGGCCUCAGGGACUGGACGUUCGUCAGCGUACACUUCUGGGGCGAGCCGUCGCUCGGCUCCUGGCAGCUGACGAUUCUCAACGGAGCUCCCGCGGUACAAAUCCCAUCCAAUGUGUCCAUCUCAAUAAAAAGGCUGUUAUUUGAAGGCCAACAACAGCGGCCCCAUGAAGUUGAUCGUCCGUGGCACGAAACGAAAUCCCGAUCAGUUGCAGUAA